AGCUUAUCGCAGGUGCCCGCAUCUGAUAGAAGAAUCGUUGUUUCUUAGUUUACAUUGAGUUAGUUUUUUGAUUUCUCUUUCUGCUUUGAAGUACAUAAUUGGAAAUUUUUCUUUGUGUAUCUAUAAUCUAUACCAUGCCUGGUUCAUGUGCAAGAUGCAGUACAGUGGUGUAUUUUAAUGAAGAGAAAAUAGCUCUUGGGAAAUCGUGGCACAAAAGUUGUUUUAGUUGUGCAAACAAGCAAUGCAAUCGUCGUUUGGACAGUGGAAAUCUAACUGAACAUGAAGGUGAAAUUUACUGCCGAACUUGUUAUGGCAAGCUCUUUGGCCCUAAAGGAUAUGGAUAUGGUGUCGGAGCCGGAGUUUUGUCGAUGGAUACAGCCGAUGCUUAUCGAAAUGGACCACCUACAUGUAACAUUCCUGCUGUGGCUCAAGCACAUGUUGCUCCUUUGCAAGCACCUGUUGUUCCUAAGUCCUCUCAACCAAGAUGGGGAGGGACUGAUGUGUGCCCACGCUGUGGGAAGGCAGUUUACAUGGCUGAAAAAAUGAUGGGUGGUGGAUCAGCUUGGCACAAAACUACAUGUUUCAACUGUAAGGAGUGUCACAAAAGAUUGGAAUCCAUGACAUUGUGUGAAAGAGAAGGUGAAAUUUAUUGCAAAACUUGCUAUGGCAAACUCUAUGGACCCAAAGGUUAUGGAUAUGGAGGAGGAGCAGGCACACUGCAGAUGAGCUAAUUCAGUAACAUUCAAGCAACAACUGACCCCCUUACUUCAAUAUUUACGUACAAAUCUGUAGUAGAUGACUUGUUGCAGAAGACUGAUGAGGCAGCUAGUAAAAUAUUUAUUAGUUAGUUGCUGAUGUUUCUUUUAAUGACCUUCUCUGAGUUCUAGUUUGUACAAGUAGUUUGCACUUACUUCCAUGACUUAUUUAAUUUUUGUUACUUCACAUUAUAGUCUGUAUUUAGAAUCAGCAUGUCAAGGCCAAAUAACGUUCCCACUCUUGCCCCUUUUCCCUUUCUCAUUGUUAUGUUUAUGGCACAAUGAACC